CUACACACUUUGUAAACAGCUGAUGUAUAUUAGUGCUCGUAGUUAAACCUGAAUGUUGAAUUUAUUUGCAUUUUUUACAUUAAAUUAAAAUCAUUUUACGAAUUUCAAUUUACAGCAACAAAAGUGUAUCAGAAGUGAAUGCGUUACUAAAACGAAAUUAGACUUAGGUACUUUAGAGUGCACAUAGAGAGUUACUUUUUUGGAAAAAACUUUUUAAUUUCUUAAGGUGUGGCAACAAUAAAUAUUAAACAAGGAAUCUCAAAAUUCAAGAUGACAGUCGGGAAUCUUACAACAUCCAAACAAAAGACGAUGUCAGCUGCUGAGGCCGUCCAAAAAGCUCGAGACACUUUCAAUCGCGGCACAACCAGGCCGAUAGAAUGGCGCCGUCAGCAGCUCAAGAAUCUGUUAAGAAUGUACGAGGAAAACCAAAACGUCAUGGUGGAGGCCCUACACAAGGAUCUAAGACGAAGCAAAAUGGAAGCUAUUCUACUCGAAGUCGACUACUUGAUCAAUGAUUUGAGGAACACUCUGCAUUAUUUGGACGAGUGGACUAAGCCGGAACAUCCUCCAAAAGGCUUCGUGAACAUUCUAGACGAGGUGGUUAUAUACAAUGACCCGUACGGCGUGGUCCUCGUAAUAGGCGCCUGGAACUAUCCCUUGCAGCUCCUGCUUUUGCCGAUGGCCGGGGCCAUCGCUGCCGGGAACACGGUUAUCGUGAAACCCAGCGAACUAUCAGUCGCCUGCUCGAACUUUGUUGUCGAAAAUCUACCGAAAUAUUUGGAUAAUGAUGCUUUCAUCGUAUUCGAAGGAGGUCCGCAAGAGACCACUGAGUUGCUCAAACAGAGGUUUGACUACAUCUUCUACACUGGAGGCACUAACGUCGGUAGAAUUGUUUACGAAGCCGCCACCAAAAAUCUCACGCCUGUCACAUUGGAACUUGGCGGCAAAAGCCCAGUUUACGUAGAUAACACGGUGGACAUAGUUGUGACGGCAAAACGAAUACUCUGGGGUAAGUUUAUAAACGUGGGCCAAACUUGCAUUGCUCCCGACUACGUACUGUGCACGAAGGAAGUACAGAACAAGUUUCUGGAGGCCUCCAAGAAAGUCCUGAAGGAAUGGUACGGAGAGGACCCACAGAAAUCCCCCGAUCUAUGCCGUAUCAUAAAUAACAGGCACUUCAGCCGUCUGCAACAGCUGAUAGAAUCGAGCAAGAACAAAAUAGCCAUCGGUGGUUGUUACGAUUCAAACGACAGAUAUAUAGAGCCCACAAUAUUGGCCAACGUCACGCCGGCCGACAAAGUGAUGGAAGACGAGAUAUUCGGUCCCAUCUUACCAAUAGUUUGUAUUGAAAACGCUUACGAGGCCAUCAAAUUUAUAAAUGAAAGAGAGAAGCCCCUAGUGCUGUACCUGUUCAGCAACAACGGCGAAGUGUUGUCCAAGUUUAUCGAGAACACGACAAGCGGAGGGAUGUGCAUUAACGACACCGUAAUGAACAUGGGAGUUGAAACUCUACCGUUUGGUGGUGUGGGUAACAGCGGUAUAGGUGCGUACCACGGAAAGAAGACUAUCGAUACAUUCACACACAAAAAGAGUUGCCUCAAGAAGAACUUCGCUGCUAUUGGAGAGAAACUGGCUUCAGGCCGCUACCCUCCUUACACAGAAGGAAACUUGAAAUUCAUAACGGCACUAAUGAAGAAACGUCACGGGCCCUCGCUAAAGUAUCUGCCACACUUCGUGGCCUUCGCCGUCGGAGCUGCUAUAUCUUACGGUAUCUUCGCAUGGCAAAAGAUGGCGUCCGAUGACUCUUAAAAUAUGAAGCUAUGACUCGCAGGGCUACCUUGAGUUGGCAUAAUCAAUUAUUUUAUAUAAACGCAUCAAAUAGUAAAACAUGAACUGUCUCUGUCUCUAAGAGUUCAUACUGAUUAUAUCUUGCCUUUAAUAAAAACAUACGAAGAUAGCAGAAAUUAUUGUUCAGGUCAAAUUUUUAUAUAAAUUUACUACCAAUACGUGCCUCAAUAUUCUGUGUAUAUGCUGUUGUAUAUUAUGUAUUUCUAAAGUUUAAUUUAAUAAUACUUUAAGGGAGUAAUAAUAUAUUUCACCUCUGUGUUAAAAUAGUAAUUUUGGAUUCAUUAUUUUUUUUUUUUCAAUUCAUUUACUUCCUGCUUUAUAAAUCUUAACAUUAGACAGAUAGACUGGUUCGGACAUUCACCAUUGCAACUUUAAAAAAAACUGCAAUUUUAAUUUAACCUAAAAUAUUGAUCCACAUUUGCAGACACCAAGACACAAAACCUUAUUUGGCUGAAAAUCAAUUUUUGAAAAAAAAAAAUUAUUAUGUUAUUGAAAAAUUGUAACAUCGAAUUUGUUAUAUUUUAUGUCACAAAAACAUUACCAUUUUAAAACAAUACUUUGCCAUAACUACGUAGACUUAUAUUAAACUAGGUUUCAAAAUAUUAUAUUAUAGUUAUAAGUAAAGGGUGUUUUUAUAUGAUGGUUUUUAUUGUAUGGGACGAAAAGUGAGAAUUUUUAAAUAAAGUGUUGAAUUUUUA